AGGGACGCAGAUAAUGAUAGAAGGAGACAGACAUAGUAACACAGAAGCUUCACGACAGAUGGCCUGCUGUUGCUACUGCUACUGCUACUGCUGCUGCCGUUGCGGUAACUGAUUGUGGUAUUACGGUGGCGUAUCGGUGGUGCUGUGACUGGUUGGAAGAAAGGCGAUCCUAUUUUCUAGGUGCAUUAACCUACGGGCUAUUACUGAUCUUGUUACUGUACUGCUAUUUAUACUGUGAUAUUAUGAGUGGAUUAGUUGGAGCUGAACAAUUGCAAAAGUUAUGGAUGCAUAUGGCGCUAAAUUCUAUGCAGGGUUAUCCACAAGGGAAUUCAUUAUAUCCACCGUUACGACCCUUUACAUUUGGUGCAAUGCUACAAUCAGAAGCAUCAACAUUUACUGGUGAACAGAUUGUAAAAAUUUGUGAGCAAUUAGAAGAUGCUGGUAACAUUGAACGAUUAGCUGCUUUCUUAUGGUCUAUCUCACAUCAACAACAUACUGAUGAAGUAACAACCAUACUACGGAAUCAUGAAUCGAUACUUCGUGCUAGAGCAUUAGUAUGUUUUCAUAUGGGAAAUUUCCAAGAGAUGUAUCGAAUACUUGAAUCACAUAAAUUCACCAAUGGUUCACAUAGCAAAUUGCAAGCAAUGUGGCAGGAAGCUCAUUAUCAAGAAGCAGAAAAAUUAAGGGGAAGGCCAUUAGGACCGGUCGAUAAAUAUCGAGUGAGAAAAAAAUAUCCAAUGCCUCGAACAAUUUGGGAUGGUGAGCAAAAGACACAUUGCUUUAAGGAGAGAACAAGAUCAUUAUUACGGGAAUGGUAUUUGCAAGACCCGUAUCCAAAUCCGAGUAAAAAAAAAGAAUUAGCAUCUAAAACGGGUUUAACUGCUAUGCAAGUCGGUAAUUGGUUCAAAAAUCGGCGUCAACGUGAUAGAGCUGCUGCUGCUAAAAAUAAAGCUAACGAAAUAAACGGUGUAAAGAAGAGUCCUGAAUCAGAUAAUUCAGAGGAUUCAGAAAUAGAAGAUAUGUUCAAUGGUUCACCGCUUGCUGAUUCACCCAUUCCAUCAGAUGAAUGUAGCAGUACGGAGAAGUUGCAACAUUCAACUGCAUGUACCUCAUUAAAUGCAACAAAGAUACCUGCGGAAUCAUCAAUAUCACAUCCUAUUGAAGCAACCUCCUCUGCAACAGUAUUUGCAAAUGCUUUUGAUCCGCUACAAUUUGAUCCACUACGAUUGUUUAUGAAUCGAUCUCUGAAUGCGGCUAUGCUAAAUCCAAUUCUUGCCCAACCUUCAGCUAUGUUAAGCUUACAGCAGCAAUUAUCAAAGCAUAUCUCUUCCACAUUGGUACAACCAAAUCUUAAACCGGAUCCAAAUUGUACAAUUAAACAACAUGAAACAGAAAGGAAUGAAACAUCAAGCAGCACUAAAAUAUCAUUUGAUAGAAAAAGAAUUGUUAAUUGUGGAUCUAAUUCAUCAUCCAUUUCAACAACACCAAAACGUUCCAAACUUCUUAUCGAUGAGAUUCUAAAUCUGAAAACUAAUGAAGCAUAUUCAACAGAUACACAUGAUACUACUGUACCUGAUCGUUCGUUGCAACACGAAAAUUUCUCGUCACCUUCAACAAGUAGGGAGCAAUCUAUGGAACCGAAUUUAACAAAGGAAGAUGAGAAAGCAUCAAUAAGUGAUAAUUGUGUAAUAACUGAUACGAUAUUUGUAGUUCCUGCUGAUAGUAGUAAUAUUCGUAAAAGUAAUGAAGCACGCUAACAUUAACUUAUGCUCCAUUUCCUAUUCAUUAAAUGG